CUGGAUUGCUGUGCCGGAUCUCAACUCGUUUUGGGGAAGAGGAAUAAUAAUAUAGUAUUAGAAUGAUGUGCAGAGCAGUAAGGAUCGGAAGGUUAUUGGCGUUGGUGGUGCAGGGGCGGUCGCUGUCUCAUCUUUCAAUUGUUUAGGUGGAGUUAUUCGUCCCUCGGAGUGCAGUGAUGGCGAGCAAGUCCUAGACAACGUCUCCCACAAACGACACCCAGUUUUAUGCUUUUUAAAAUGCCAGCGUCGAUCAGUAUUAGAACUGCUCCCCUUCCGUCCCCAUUUCCAACCACUCUGCUUUUCAUUUCUUCGAUUUGAUCUCAGUUGGUUUUCCAUGAUUUUUCCUGGUCUUUAAUGUCUGGCUAAAAAUUAAACUAGCUAGGCGAUGCGAGUGUGAGAGAUCAGGUUUGUAAAUUGUAAUUAGUUGUGGGGAAGUCGAUCGAUCGGCUUUAGCCUUUUGGGUAUUAAUGAACGGCAGAGGUAGCAAGGACGAGGAGCUGGACAAGUGCGAGCGCGAGGAGGUCGGGAGCGACGCCAGACCGACGUCGGGCGCUGGAUCCGGCGACGAGUCGCUGCCGCCGACGCAGUCUCUGGCUCCGUCUCCUAAGAGAAGCCGGCGGGCGGUGGAGAAGCGGGUGAUGACGGUGCCGAUAAGCGAGACGAAGGGAGGCGGCGAGGGGGCUCCGCCGCCGGAUUCGUGGGCUUGGAGGAAGUACGGGCAGAAGCCCAUCAAGGGAUCGCCGUAUCCCAGGGGUUACUACCGGUGCAGCAGUUCUAAGGGGUGUCCGGCGAGGAAGCAGGUGGAGCGGAGCCGGCUAGACCCGGCUGUGAUCAUGGUGACUUACUCCUUCGACCACAACCACUCGUGGCCGCUCCCCAAGAAUCACCACAAGUACGUCGCACCGCCGCCGCCGCCGUCGCCCCUGGAGGAGCAGGCGCCGCCGGCCCCACUCCUGCCACAGAGCGAGCCCAGCCUUCCGGAGUCGAUCGAGGGGGAGGAGGAUGCCAAGUUCUCCGAUUUGAUCUCCGAGGAAUCAUCGCUGCUCUCCCACCAGCAGUGGUUCCCCGUCGACGUUUGCUCGACGGCCUCCACCUCCCCCUCCGCCGCCGGAUCCAGCGAGCUCCUCUACGGCUCGGUUUUCUUCGCCGAGGCCGAGGCCGCCAUCGGCAGCGCCGUCGCGGCGACGCUGCCGGAGGAGCGCGAGGAAUCCUUCGGCGACGACGAGGAGGACUCGCUGUUCGCGGGGCUGGGGGAGCUGCCGGAGUACUCGGUGGUGCUCCGCCGGGAGCUGGCGUCCGCAUCCUGGGUGGGGACCACGGGAUGACCCCUCCCCGCAUCCGCUCCGUCCGUCCGUCCGUCCGUCGAUCGGUCCGAUCAGUAGUUGACGUACAAAAACCGGCACCGAUAUUUCUUCCCCUUUUUUUUUUUUAGAAAAAAAAAGAGAAAAAUAUGGCUCGAAUAACUGAUAUUUAUCCAUCAGACAAAUAUUUCCCCCUUUUUAAAA